UACCCUGUAAUUACACCCCGGGCCCACUUCCGUUCCUCUAGUCAACACAAGGAAGUUCCACCGAGCGACAUCAACCGAACCCCCGUCUUCCCCCGUUUCCUCACCGUAUAGUCGUCAGAAAACGGUGCGUUUUCCCCUCAUAGGAAGGUGACCGCUUACCUGUCGGGAUGGCGAUGUCAACAUUUCAGAAGGUGACCCUCGCGACGUGUCUCGUGCUGUGCGUCGCGCUGCUGCUUCCCAAACUGCUGCUGUCCCGGGGGAGGAAGGAUGCUGCCGAGCGGCCGGAGGGUUCAGGUCGUUUCCCGCCGAUGAUGCACCGUCAGAUGGCUCCGGAGGGCCGCGGCCAGAGGGCGGCGAGCGCCGGCUUCUCCAGAGCCCACAACCCUGAGGCCAUAGCCAAGGCGAAGGGAGUGGGAACGGGGGCGGGAACCGGAGGCAAAUCCAACCUGGCAGGGCAGAUCAUCCCUGUGUACGGCUUCGGGAUCCUACUCUACAUCCUCUACAUACUGUUCAAGAUCACAUCUAAGGGGAACAGCAAGCCAUCAGAGGGCAGGUUUCCUUCAGUCCGGUCAGAGAACAUGAAGAGAAAGAUAACCGACUUUGAACUGGCUCAGCUGCAGGAGAAACUGAGGGAAACCGAGCUGGUGAUGGAGAAUAUCGUUUCCAAUGCCCACCACAGCCCUGACAGGGUGAAGGGAGUGAUGGCAGAUCAGGAGGAGAGCCUCCUGCAGCAGCUGACGGAGAUAACCCGGGUGAUGCAGGAGGGCCAGCUGGUGGAGGGCAUGACUCCAGAGAAGAAAGCCCAGGACGACUGGGAAGAUUAUCCUGAGGAGCCUCAUCAGUACUGGAAACAUUCCCACUGCUGCUGUCAGCACAGUCAGCAGCACUACAGUCCACAGAUGGAGACAGAGGCUGAGAGGACUGAAGGUGACGGAGCCGACCUGGUGGAAAACGUUCCUGCUGAGGACGUCAUGGGCGGAGGAGAGGCCGAGGAGGCAGAGGUGCAGAGUGCAGACCCCCUGAGAGAACCUAAUGCCACAGCAGUAAGUGAAGAAGGCGUGGGCCCGGAGAGUGAUGUAGGUGUGAACGAGAGGGUGGACUUGCGUGAACACAAGCAGGGACGGGGCAAAAUUGACCUGGGCGUCCCGGAGGAGGACCUGGCCGGAGUUCUGAAGGAGCUGGAGCUCACGCUGAAGAUGACGUCCGUGAUGGAGCAGGAGAAGAUGGAGGACCUCACUCGGCCUGUGGAGACAGAACCUUCUCACACCCAGGUCAGACGGAGGAACAAGAGGAGGAGGGCGAAGAAAGCCGCACACUGACUCUCACAUGAUGCAUACAAACUUUAGCCUGGGCCUGGGGUUUGUGAAGACAUCUGUUCCUGUCAGAUGGGCAGUAGCAUGAAAGUUGGUGAUAGCAUGAAAAUGUGUUGCUAGCCUGGUUUGUCUUUGCUUGAAGUGAUUAAGUGAGAUAAUAUGUGUAUCUGGCACAGUUUUUAUCACUAAUAUCAGCUUUAUCCAUAGGCUAUUAAAGGAAUAAGUAUAGUUUAUGGUCUUAAAACUUCCAAAUAUACUCAGCAGGGGCCCAGUUUUUAAAUUAUCUCCAGUCUGCACAAAGUAAAAAUUCAGUUUUUCAUUUAAUUUAAAUACACAAGAGGUGAUUUAAUGGAAGAUUUAAUGUAAAAAAAUGUGAUAACAAUAGUUGACAACCAGUAUCUUGACAUACUGUUGGUUGUCAACAAAGUGAACAGUGUUUAUUUCUGUCAGGGAAGUGUUAAGUUUGUUAUAAUACUUAAUCUCCUAAAGCUUUUUUUCUCAGCAAGCAUCAGUUUUUUCCCUGUAAAAAAAAACAUAGUGUUAUUCACAUUGACUGCUUUCAUUUAAGGCAGUUAAACAAUUUAUAAAUGAAUAGAAAACAAGACUGAAUCAGGCCACUGCCAGAGUUAUUUUAAACUUCACAUCCGAGGUGUAAUUUUUACCAACAAGGGGUCUGGAUUUGAUUGAACACCUUCAGUGUGAAUAGACACAAGAAACACACUGAGGAAAAGAACAAUGCAUAUGGGACAUGAAUAGUGUGUCCUCUGUCUCUGUGUUUGUGAUGGAGAAAUCACUUCCUGUACCAAUAAGAUUUCAAGCUUUUAACAAACCUUCUGUCUUCAACUCUAAAUGAUUUUAAUAUUUUUACUUUUAUAGAAUUUAUUUAUUUAUUCACUGUUAAUAAAAGCGCCUGAGAAUGCAUAUCUAUGAUUAAAAUAAUGUGAAUUAAGUUUUCUGGGUCCUCUAG